CCGGCCGGCCCCGCCCCGCGGCGCCCACGUGCGGCGGCUGGCUCUGGGCUCCCGCGACCCCGGGCUCCCACGGCGCCGCUCUGUGUGCGGGGCGCGGUCUCCGGCACGGGGCUGGAAACGGAGACCCAAAGACGCCAUUACAUUGUAACAAAAGUGGUGCAGCCGCUGCUCCGGCCAGGCCAACACCCCAGGCCAGCCUGCCGCCAGCUGUCGCCGACAUGGAACCCGUGGCCAGUAACAUCCAGGUCCUGCUGCAGGCGGCCGAGUUCCUGGAGCGCCGUGAAAGAGAGGCUGAGCAUGGUUAUGCGUCCCUGUGCCCGCACCGCAGUCCAGGCCCUAUUCACAGGAGGAAGAAGCAACCCCCCCAAGCUGCUGGCGCACUGGACAGUGGGCGGUCUGUGCACAAUGAGCUGGAGAAGCGCAGGAGGGCCCAGCUGAAGCGGUGCCUGGAGCGGCUGAAGCAGCAGAUGCCCCUGGGGGCUGACUGUGCCCGAUACACCACACUGAGCCUGCUGCGCCGUGCCCGGACACACAUCCAGAAGCUGGAGGAGCAGGAGCAGCGGGCGCAGCAGCUCAAGGAGAAGCUGCGCAGCAAGCAGCAGAGCCUGCAGCGGCAGCUGGAGCAGCUCCGGGGGCUGGCGGGGGCGGGCGAGCGCGAGCGCGAGCGGCUGCGGGCAGACAGCCUGGACUCCUCGGGCCUCUCCUCCGAGCGCUCCGACUCGGACCAAGAGGAGCUGGAGGUGGACGUGGAGAGCCUGGUGUUUGGGGGCGAGGCCGAGCUGCUGCGGGGCUUCAGCGCGGGCCAGGAGCACAGCUACUCGCACGGCGCAGGUGCCUGGCUCUGAUGCGCCGUCCAGGGCGGGCCUCUGCCCUGACCACCUCCGCUCGCGCUGGGCAGAUCCUGCCAGGCAGGAGCCCUCGCCAAGCCUCAAGGGCUGCUCGGAGUCACCUGUUGG